CUCGUCUGAAACAGUUUGGUCAAAAUAAAAAAUAUAAAAAUGUAUUGUUUUUAAAUAAAAUUACUUAUACAUUUUUUGGAUUAUACAAAAAUUGAACCGAGUUUAAAAUAAGUAAACGAAAAAAAGGAAAUGAUUACGGCAGCAAAAAAAUUGAAGGGCAGCGAUGGUCAAAUCGGAGGAUUCCGGCAUAUCGUUGGAGCGCCAGAUGUGGAUGAGUCCGACGAGGAGGAGCGCGAACUAACUAAUUUAAAUUGGCUACUCAGAAACCAAAAUCUAUCGUGGCCAAAAACAAUUGAUGUGAACUCUGAGGAUGAUCUUAAUAAUAGCCAGGUCGGCAGCGGCAAUCGGAAACUGUCCACUGCAGUCGAAAGUAUCAAUGCACAGAAAAAACCAAAGGCUUUGGAAUAUGAUACUUUCAAGAAUAUGGGACAUAAAUCCUGUCCGGACUCGAGAAAAUCAAGCACAGCAACGGCACCUUUAAAACGUCCAAGUCCAGCCGAGCGCUACGAUAUUUUCAUCAACAAAAUAAAGCGCGAUUUAGUGGAAUAUGAAAAAUCGGCCAACAAAUAUAAAACGGAUGUAACACACAAGCCGCCAUUCAAUUACUCUCACAUCAUUGGAAUGGCAAUGCUCGAAAAUGGGCGUGUCACAUUGCAGCAGAUUUGCGCUUGGAUUGAGGCAAAAUUUGCCUUUUUUCGCGUGCGUAAAAAAUGGAACAAUUCCAUCAGGCACAAUCUGUCGCUGCAUCAUUGUUUUCGCAAUCGCAAACGCGAGGAGAAGGGCAAGGGAGGCUAUUGGGAGCUGGGAGUGGAUCCCAAGAAAUGUGAUAGAAAACGCAUACGUAAUCGCAAAACAACCCAAUCGAAGCUGAAUCCAGCUACGAAAAGUCCGUUGUCAAAAUAUCAAUUCGGCGACAAUGCGCCGGAUGAGAAGGCCCGAAAUUCCCGGCUGGAUAGUUGUUCCGACAAUAAUAACAUUGCCGAGCAUGAUGUGCAAUUGGAUUCGCUAACCCUAACGGAGGUGGAGGUUGGCUUCGGCCUGACAUUACCAAAUGCUCUGAGCCCACGGUUGCACGAUCCGGACGGCACUUUCCUAUACCCGGAUACAUUUGCGGCGACCCUGACAAACAAUGAUGCCGCCUUUCAUCUGCAGCAGCAGCAAUACGAGCUGGGCACGAUUAUAAUUAGUACGACGGGCAUUCUGGAUGAGCCUUCCUCUUCUUCUUCUUGCCUAAAUAGCAUCAUCGGCAACAAGUUCGGCUGUUCCAAUAUGAUCUAUACGGAGGAUGAGAUUCCCACACCAAGUGAGAAUGUCAUCAUUUCGUCGCAUAAAAUGGAUGCCAAUAAAGAUGCGCCCGUGGAGAUCCCCAUCCCCAUCCCCAUGCCCAUCCCGAGUAGCUUUACCAUCAAUUGCGAUUACUCAAAUUUUCGACCAUUCGAUGAGCCGUUCAGUUAUCUCCAAAGCAGUGAGAUCAAUCGAAAUGAGGACAUUCUGGAUAACCUGCUCGACGUGUGUGUUAGAGAUUAUUAGAGAUUAACAAUAUAUCGCCAAAUUAAAGUGCACAUUAAACCUUAACCUAAAGCUAAUCUAGUUCAUAAUUGAUCUUAUUACUACUAAAUGCAAUUUUCCGGCAGUUUUCCGGGCCAAGUUUUUUAUUAUGGUCCCCCGAGUAGGUUCAAAAAAUGUUUGCUUUUGUGGAAAAACAGUCGAGGAGGAUUUUCGUAUUGCAGCUUUAUUUC